CCCAGCAGUUUUUCUUUAACCUCUUUGGAACGUGCCAUUCUUGAAUUGAUCAUCAUUAAGGAGGCUUGUGCUGGCUCGAGCCCGCGCCGUCUCGUGCACGCAUUCGGCGUUCCAUCGUGCCUUCGAAAAAAAGUCGCGAGACGUGCAUGGAGCUCAGCAUAGAGCCAUCGGAGCCACCGGCCCGAACGCCUGUCCAUAUAUCCACAACCGAGAUGGAAGACCUAACUGAAGACUGCGGUGUCAUGAAAAAGAUAACCCAACCAGGGUCAGGGCCCGUUGUCACCCGUCACGCUUUAGUGACGUUCCACUACAACGCCUAUGUCAAAUGUAGCUGGACCGAGCGGAUAGAUUCAACGUGGAUGCGAAACACUCCCCACCGCUGCAACCUGAAAGAACUAGGAGUACUGGGGCUGCAGAUCGCUGUACGGAGCAUGCGACGGAGCGAAGGAUGUUACGUGAAGAUCGCGGCGGGGUAUGGAUUCGGAGCCCAGGGGUGCCUCCCUCGCAUCCCGCCGAACGCAACACUCGUUUAUGAGAUCGCUUUGGUAGACUUCACCGAGACGGAGGACGACGGCGGCGCGGUCAUCGACUCCCGACUAAUGCCUACCAACACUCUCUUUGGGGACUUCGGACGAACUGCAUUUGGAAGAGGCGUUUCAGCGCUUGUCCAUCGAACAGGCCGUGGAACCGGUCACCAGGAGCCUGAUUCGACAGGCCUUGGAAGAGCUCACUACGGCAGAGCCGGGCACCGCACUGUCUUUCGUAAAUAUCUUCAGCCGAGAAGACUUCGCUUACAUCAAAAUGGUGUGUUGGGACCUAAGGUUUCCGUGCUACGACGUCCAGGGAGGCGCGCCGCCCUUAGUUGUGAGCUCGCUCCCCCCUUUGCACAGCCGGAUUUGUGUACCACAGGCACCGGCUCCACCAGCAGUACAUGGCAGCCGUGGUGAGUCUAAAUAAAAC